GUUUUAUGUUGUUCCCCUCGAAAAUCAAGGGAUUGGUUUUAUCUGAUGCAAUGCCCUGCUUUUUAGGAAUCUGGAAAUGUUAAAGAGUUUGGCGAACUGAGAAGUGAAUUCUUGUGUUGGGGUUUUUAAUCUUUUAUAGCAUUUUGAUGGUACUAUAACAAGUAAAGACUUGGUCUUGGUUUGAAGGGUUUAUGCCCUUUUCUCAGUUUGGGGAAGAAAGCUAAGUUCUUUUCCACACCUGCAAAAGAAGACAACCAACAAUGGCAUUGCUGUGGUGGCUGCUGCCUUUUCUAGUUGGGUUCUUAUUUAAGUCUCAGACUCAGCUUGCGGGUGCUCAGCUUCAUGAUCAGACCACAUUGUUAGCCAUCAGUGAAGAGCUUGGAGGACUGCCUGGGUGGGGAGGUGUGAACAACUCAGACUACUGUUCUUGGCCUGGCAUUAGCUGCGGUUUGAACCAUUCAAUGGUUGAAAGGCUUGAUCUUUCUCAUCAUGACCUUCGAGGUAAUGUGACUAUCAUUUCUGGGCUCAAAGCUUUGAAGAGGCUUGACCUCUCUUUUAAUGGUUUCCAUGGUUCCAUUCCUGCUGCUUUUGGGGAUUUGUCUCUGCUUGAGUUUCUUGAUAUGUCUUUGAAUAAGUUUGAAGGUUUGAUUCCACUAGAGUUGGGUAACCUCAGAAACCUUAGAUCUUUGAACUUGUCCAAUAAUUUGCUUGUAGGCCAAAUACCAGAUGGUAUUAAGUUCCUACGUCAGUUAGAGGAUUUUCAAAUAUCUAGUAAUAAUCUGAAUGGUUCUAUCCCACUUUGGGUGGGCAAUUUGACCAAUUUGAGAGUUUUUACUGCCUAUGAGAAUCAAUUGGGGGGCAAAAUUCCAGAUAAUCUAGGCUCAGUUUCUUACCUUGAAUCGUUGAAUCUACAUUCCAACUGGCUAGAAGGCCCAAUUCCGACGAGCAUAUUUGCUUCAGGGAAGCUGGAAUUUUUAGUUCUGACCCAAAACAGAUUGAGUGGAGAAAUUCCAACAGAAAUAGGAAGCUGCAGUAGCCUUUCUAGUAUCCGAAUUGGGAACAAUGAUCUUAUAGGUAGCAUUCCUCACACGAUUGGGAAUAUUAGUGGCCUAACGUACUUUGAAGCUGACAACAACAAUCUUUCUGGUGUCAUUGUUCCAGAAUUUUCCAAUUGCUCAAAUCUUACCCUCCUGAAUUUAGCCUCAAAUGGAUUUACUGGUAGGAUACCUCCAGAGCUUGGACAGCUGAUGAAUCUGCAGGAGCUAAUUCUCUCUAGUAACAGUCUGUUUGGAGAAAUUCCCAAAUCAAUUCUCGGGUGCAAGAAUCUUAACAAGCUGGAUCUCAGCAACAACAGAAUCAAUGGUACCUUACCAAAUGAUAUCUGUAACAUGUCAAGAUUGCAAUACUUGCUACUGAGCCAGAAUUCGAUAAGGGGGGAGAUACCUCAUGAGAUUGGGAACUGUGUUAAAUUGCUUGAGCUGCAAAUGGGAAGAAACUAUUUGACCGGUAAUGUCCCUCCUGAAAUUGGUCGUAUCAAAAACUUGCAAAUAGCUUUAAAUUUGAGCUUCAAUCAUCUCCGCGGGCCUCUUCCCCCUGAGUUAGGUAAACUUGAUAAGCUAGUUUCUCUUGAUGUCUCUAAUAAUCAGCUUUCCGAUAUAAUUCCACCUGCAUUCAAGGGAAUGAUGAGCUUGAUUGAGGUUAAUUUCUCAAACAAUCUGUUCACUGGUCCAGUACCUACAUUUGUACCAUUCCAGAAAAGUCCAAAUUCAAGUUUUCUGGGAAAUAAAGGGCUAUGUGGUGAACCACUGAGCUCCUCAUGUGGAUACAGUGGUGACCAUGACAACUACCAUCACAGGGUAUCUUACAGGAUCAUACUCGCAGUUAUUGGCUCUGGUUUGACCAUUUUUGUCUCAGUAACUGUAGUUGUUCUGCUGUUUAUGAUGAGAGAGAGACAAGAGAAGGAAGAGAAAGCUGCUGAGACUGAAGAUGAAGGCGCCAACAACCUACCAGUGAUAGUAGCAGGGAAUGUUUUUGUUGAGAAUCUCAGACAAGCAAUUGAUCUCGACUGUGCUGUUAAAGCAACAAUGAAGGAUUCAAACAAGGUCAGUACUGGGACUUUUAGCACUGUUUACAAGGCUGUAAUGCCAUCUGGAUUGAUAGUAUCAGUGAAGCGACUAAAGUCCAUGGACAGGACAAUAGUUCAUCACCAGAACAAGAUGAUUAGAGAGCUUGAAAGGCUGAGUAAGCUCUGCCAUGAUAACCUUGUGCGCCCUAUUGGGUUUGUUAUUUAUGAAGAUGUAGCUCUUUUGCUACAUCAUUACUUGCCCUAUGGGACAUUGUGCCAGCUUCUUCAUGAGUCUUCCAAGAAACCUGAAUAUCAACCUGACUGGCCAACAAGACUAUCUAUUGCCAUUGGAGUAGCAGAAGGGUUGGCUUUUCUUCAUAAUGUGGCCAUUAUCCACCUUGAUAUUUCUUCUGGCAAUGUUCUUUUGGAUGCUAACUCUAAGCCUCUGGUCGGAGAGAUUGAAAUUUCAAAGCUGUUGGAUCCGUCCAGAGGCACAGCCAGUAUUAGUGCGGUUGCUGGCUCCUUUGGUUAUAUUCCUCCAGAAUAUGCAUAUACAAUGCAAGUUACAGCUCCUGGAAAUGUUUAUAGCUAUGGCGUUAUUUUGCUGGAGAUCCUCACUACCAAAUUGCCAGUAGAUGAGGCCUUUGAUGAGGGAGUAGAUUUGGUGAAGUGGGUGCAUAAUGCUCCCAUGAGAGGGGAAACCCCAGAGCAGAUUCUUGACGCAACGCUCAGUACUGUUUCCUUUGGUUGGAGGAAAGAAAUGCUUGCAGCAUUGAAGAUUGCAUUACUCUGCACUGACAGCAUCCCGGCCAAACGGCCAAAAAUGAAGAAGAUUGUGGAAAUGCUUCAAGAAAUAAAGUGAAUCGGACAGAUUGGUAAUCAUGAACCAACCAGAUCAAGGUUCUUAUGUUCAUGCAACGUUCCAGCUGCAGUGAAAAUAGUUAUCUUCAAAGUUUAUUAAGACUGGGUCCUUCAGAUCCUCCACGGACUAGUUUCAAUCGAAGCAGCAGUUGUAAUCAUUUUUGGAUGGUGAUGCACCGAGAGUCCUUCCUCCCAUAGGAAACGACUACUCUAAGU